AUGGAGAUCUACAGCCACAAUAUGGAGGUCACUGGAAAACCCCAGAAGCCUAGACUUCUGGAGGCCAUGCUCUCGCCCCGUCUUCUCUCCUUACUCCACCAGCUACAGACCUCGCCGGCGUGUGCGUCGUCGUCGCAGACAUUUGACGAAGCCUUGCAGUCGAAAUACCUCCGGCAGAUUCGCGAGGAACUGUACGACAUGCAGGAGACGUGUGGGGUCGCGCGCUGGCCGCCUCCGGUCGCCCCAGCCCCUUGCGCGGACGAGGCGGCGGGCGAGGCCUUCCCGGCUUCCGGUGAUGAAGAUGGCGAGCGCCUCGGCUGGACAGUCUUGCUCCUGAAACUCCACCAGACCUUCGCGUCGCUACUCGCUGCCUCCCGUCGGGAAGGCGAAAGCGAAGGAAGGAAACAGGAGAGCGGGACUUCCACUGUUCCGCAGCAGGAGUCCCCAGAGGAGACACCGCUCCAGCAGCAGUUGCCCGGCGACUCCCGAUCCCCUGCCUCACCCGCCUUGAGAAUUCAAACCAACGAAUUCGAGAUCUCUUCUCUCUGGCAAAUGCUGCAGUCGCAAGCGCCGGCAUGCGCAGGCAGCGGAGCCAGCGCGGCUGUCGGUGGACCGCGAGGCGACGGCCGGGGCCCGAUGCCGGCGGGGCUAGGCCUCAUGACGGCGGGCGCCCUUCUUCCCAGCAGCUUGUCGGGCCUCUUGACCCCGCAAGGGUCGCUGGAGCCUCCGGACCGAGCGGGGAGUGCCGGGGCCUCGACGCUGUCCGCUGGAGACGGCCGGGGCCGGUCGACUGCGGCCACGACUCCCGCGUGGACUUCCAUGUCAGCAGAUGGAAAGGAAAACGCCGCGGAGACGCAGGCCCCGGGAGACGAGCGCCUUCCGUUUGACGUCGUGUUCGAGUUGAAGAGAGGCUGCUGGACUUCGGUCUGCCGGCAGCAACAGGCGGAGCAACUCCGCGAACACCAGCAACAACAGUCGCAGCUGGCGUCGACGUUUCUUCACUCUCGCCCCAGCAGUUUUCGGAGUCUAGGGAGCAGCAGCCUCCCGAGCACUUCCACGGGCGCGCCUUCAGCUUUCUCCUUCUCCUCUGGGCCGAAUGCGCCGAGUCCGUCUGGACCCUCGUCGAGCGGCGUCUACGACACCAGCGGCGUCGUCGGCAGCGGAGGCUUCGGCGGUCCUCUCCCCUUGAGUUCCCGUCCGCCGUGCGCGUUCUGCGCCUCGUCUCUCGCGUCUCUGAUUCGAAUCGAAGAGCGGCCGGACCCUGAGACGGCGACGACGCGUCUGUGCGUGACCCUCGUCAUCGACAGCGAAGUCUUGCAUUUCUGCUGUUGCAGCGGCGGUCGCUUCGACGCGUACUUCACGGCGCUCAUUGCCCACCUCAUCUUGACGGGUUGCGGACAGGUGACCAAGUCCCCGUCGCUCGCGCCGGGCGAGGACCGCUCGCACAAAAGCGACAAGCUGCUGGCCCCACCGACUGCUGAGGGCAAGGGCGGUGCCGAAAAGGUCGGACGAGGAACCGGCUCGAAAGAAAAGAGUCGCCGCAAGGGUGAGGGGAAAGCAGCCGCAAACUCGCUCGGCCAAAAGGGUGCGUCGCCGAGCAGUCGCGAAUGUGAAGCCGGCGUGCCGCGCGAGGACCACGCGUCUUCAGACACGUCUCAGGGCGGUCGAAACGCAAAGACCGAGGAAGACACGCGCGCGCGGGGCGCAUCUCCGCUGUCUGACGUGUUGGACGGGACGCCCAAUGGCGACGGGUUUCAUGGUCGGCCUGCUCGCUCCCACGCGUUCGGGAACCAAAGCGCCUCGUGCAGACUUCCACAGGCGCGUCUUGGCGGGGACACUCUCGGCGAGUCUGCGCACGCGUCGCCGGCGUUCUCUGCGUGCGCGCCGUCCGCUUCGCUGAGGAGACUGACGAUUGCGUUCGUCGCGCGACUCCGCUUUCCGGACUUCUUCCGCUCCUCGGAGGAUAUGGUGACCCACCGUGCGCACCACGCAAUGCGCGUCGUCCUCGACAGCAGCCGGAGCGGUUUGACGCCUGGCGAAGCCGCCGCGGGCGGCCGAGGGGGAACGGUCGGAUGCUGGAGAAUGACCAGGGAAAAAUUCAACUGGCACGUGACGCUGUUGACGUCUGCAGCCGUCGAGGCGGUACGCGACUGCUUCGCCGACCUCACGCUCGACGUGUGGCACAGCUGCUUCUACGGCGCCGCCGCCCAGGCUGCAGGCACCAAGUGUGCAAGUCGCGACCGCCUCGAACAACUCCUCAUUGCUCUCCUCGGAAACAACGACGCUCUCAUUCGGCUCGAAGCUGUAAAACUCCUCAAUGCGUUCUACGACAGGCACGACUGGCAACUCCGCCAACCUUUCGUUCCUCUCAUCAAGAAUGUCGGCGACCGUUUCGUCCUCACCGUCUUGAUUGAGACGUGCCGGCCGUGCGGCGCGUCGCCCGCGUCGUCUGACGAACCGACAGACGUCUUUGCAAUCGUCACUGCUCCGUCGUUCAGCCGCGCGAGCACCGCAGAGAUUUACUCGUACCACACUUUCUCUUGGGUCUGUCUCCAGUCGCUGCCGCCCACCCCACAGUCCGUGUCUGCAGCCGCCGCUGCGGAGACAGCUGCCCCGACCGGCGGAGAGACACCGGCGCAGUGGCGGAGACAGCGCUGGCUCGGAACCGCCGACUUUGGCGUCUUCACACGGUGCGGAUUCUACGACUGGCGAAUCUGCAGAGCAAAGGAAAGCGACGGGUCGUGGUGGGUAGUCGAACGCGCCGUCUCCUACGGCGCAUUGCCGGGGAGUUCAGGCAGCUCUUUCCCCACGGCGUCUGCGGCGGUUCUCUCCGCCCCGCUGAUUGAGCCUGAGGCCGUGCCACGCGCCUGCGGGGAGACGGGGCGGCUCCAGGGACAGGCUGUGGGGUGUCUGUCCCCGAAACCUCGGGCUGAUCGACGCCGCGCAGCUGAGGGUCCGGCAGGGGCGGCGGCGGCUCACGCGGCGGCGGCGGCGCUCGCUGCGGCGUUUCCGGUGAAAUCGCCAAAUCCGCAUCACCGCCUGAUGAGGCGAUUUGAGGAACACAGAGAGUUCGACUCUGCGCUCGGCCCACGGCCCCACGAGAGCCAUCACAAGAAGCUGCUCGACGAGUGCAUUCCGCUGCAGGGGCGAGUCGUUGUUCUCCCCGAAGAGACGCGAAAUCUCCAGCUACACGAAGUCUUCGUCGACAGCCAUGAGGCCCAGUGGGAUGAAGAAACAGGAAAAGUUAUUCAGCGAGGAAAUUUCGCGUGCAUCGCCGAAUCGCUUCCCACCCUCGCCGACGCAGGCGUCACGGCGACGCUGGUCACCGGCGUGAUGGAGAGAGACUGUGGGGACGUGGUCUACGAUUCCGAUGGCGACUUCGACUACAACAACCCCGACGCCAGCCCGUUUGCUUCCGUUUGUCGAGCAGCCCCGUGCGGCCUUCUCGGCGGCGUAGGCGGUUUCAUGGAAGUCGUCCAGGAGGCUCGCCGCCUGGGCAUGAAAAUCCUCGUCCAAAUGGCGACCGGUGUCUCGGCUGCGCAUCCGCAUCGCCGCUACGCUCCUCAUCUUCUCCACUUUGAGGAUGCAGACGGGAAGAAGCAGGUUCUCUACGGAGGAGAGACUCUCGGCGUGCUUCCUCAAGAAACCGCAAUCUUAAAUUAUCGCAAACUGGCGACGUGGCAGCUGUUCAUCGACGACCUCAAAAUGUGGAUCAAGAAAUUUGGAAUUGACGGCGUGCGAAUUCCGAACGCCCAGAACCUCCCUCAGCUUCUUGUUGCGGACGCGCAUGCACUGAGCAGGAAGGACGCCGACGGCCAGUUCCACUACGCCGCUCAAGACAUCAUCAUGGGAGAGGUUGUCGUCCCUCACAGCAGUUCGAUGGGAGGCUACUGGAGCUUGGCCUCGCUUGGCGUCUCCAGCCUCGCGCUUUCCUCGUUCCGCAGUGCGGCGUCUCUUCUCUCCACCCCUGGAGGCCUGGUGUACGCCAACCCCUUUUAUGUGAAACUGUGCCGGAGUGUGUGGUUGGAGAGCCCCGACUUCCUUUUCAUCGGCGAGUGCUGGACGGAGUUGCAGCGGCUGCGACAACUCCACGAGACGCAUGCAGCGCCGCUCCCGCCUCUGGGCCUCGCUGCGCCCGCUGUCGCGGCGCUCGACGGUCACGGGCGAAGUUCAGGAGACGUCCUUACACUCGCGUCUUCAAGUGUAUCCGAAUUCUCUGUUGUUCCUUCUCUCCUCGUCAGCAGCGGCAUCGUGCCGCAAUUGCACCUUUUUCCAACCGUCCUCCCUGCCGUUCUCGGCAAACGCCAGCCAGUGCUUCCCAUCUGUCCGUCUUCCAGCGAAGGCUUUUCGUGUGGUGAAGCCGCCGCGCUGAGGCAAACGCAGCUGCAAAUGCCUCUCUUGCCGGCGCCGCCGCGGGUUCUCUUCUCCACCCUCUUCGCCAUGCACCACAACCUCCCUCGAGGCGCGGUGCUCAUUCAGGCCUCCUGCACUCCUGCCUCCCCUUUGCCAGCUCUGGUGUAUGGACGCGCGGCCUGGGCUGCGGUCGAUCUCCUCAUGCUCCUUCCUGAUGUCCCUUGCACGUUUGCCGGAGAGAUGGAAGGCGCCGCCUGCCGCCUCGGAGUCCCCAACGUCUUUGCGUCGGACUGCUCAGCGGGCCGUCUAGCGGCACUCGCCGGCGUUGUAGGAUGUCCUCUGGGAGGGAACAAACUACCCUUCUCACCGCUUCCGAGUCCCGACUACAGCGGAGCCUUCCGCCACGCCUCGCGCUACGGGCCGGGACAACACGGCGACGGCUCAGGCGGGGCAUCUCGGCGGUCUCUCUUUGCGACGCCAAGUCGCACGUGGACGCGCCAGGGUAGCGCGCGGGUUCUCGACGCCGCUCGCGGGCCUUAUCUCUCUCUCAGCGGGGCGCACCAUGUGAGAUAUCCAGGGUAUCCAGGCGGGCUCGGCACCCCCUUCGGCGCAACCCGCACUGAUGCGGGGGGACUUGGCGAAGGCCGCGCACUGUCUGGAAACCCCAAAGGGGAUGCCGACAAGCUGGACGGAGAGGAGGCGCGGCCGCCGCACUCUGCGCUCCCCCUCCUGGAGCGCGUGCGGCUUAUAGACGGGUUCGAGAGUAUUCGGAAGAUGCCGAUGCUGGAGCAAGAGGUUCAGGAGGCGGUGCUUGGGUCGCCGGACGACGACUCGAAUGGGCGUUUUGACCUGAACAGCAUCCACCGCCACUACGUCGAGCGACGGAGACUCAGACAAUCCGACCCUUGCCUCCGGCGCGGCCGUGCGAUUCUCGUGGAUGUCCGGAACCCCGACGGCAGCAGCCUAACGCAGGCCCAUCGCGUGUACGAGGAGUGGCACGAGGCCGUCUCCGACUUUGACGCGUCUUUGCCUGUCCAGGCCGCUGCCGUAGCUGCGUGCCGGCGCGUCCUGGCUGAUGACGGAUCUGCGAGGCGAACCAAGUCGCGGGGACAAGCGCGCGCCGCGUGCGUCUCUGCUGUCGUGGAGCCUGUUGACGAGCGCGAGAGCCUUGGAGACGCCCCCGAGACGGAGGGAGGCGACGACCGCCUGAUCGCCUUUGUGCGGUUCGAUGACGAACGCAUCUGCGAACAACUCGCGCACUACUCGCAGCCAGGAGUGUCGAGUUUCUGUCCUGCGCCGUCGCGGGUUUCCGCGGGACUCGGCAACGAGGGCCGGAGACACGGCCGAAACGCUCGCUCGUGGAGCCAGACGGGCAGUCGAAGCGGCGAGAUCAACGCGGGCGGGGCGACCUUCAGGCGCGAAUGCAGCUCCAGAGCGCGAGACUGCGACGGAGACGAGUCAGAUGGAGACAGCUUCGCCUCUGUGCGAGUCGACGUGGCCGAGCACAGGGGCCACUCGCUGGUCCUGGUCGUCACGAACUUGUCGGAAAAAACCCUCCACGACAAAAGCAUCUCGCUGCACGCGCUCCGCCCCGCCUUCCGACAACACCGCAUCAAACACUGGCACUUUCUCCUGCAGAUGUGCGAUUUGUUGACGUGUACCUGCGAAGGGAAUCUCACGACGUUCCUCCAGUCUCACCAACCGCUGCUCCACCCGUCGUCGCGCUUUUCUCCGUGUGCCUCGCGCGUGAACGAGGCUUGCGACGCCGACGCGGGCGCCGCGAUUUUGCCGGACGUGAUCUCGAUUGAAGAGCUCUUGUCUGAGCCGUUCCUGCUGCCGGCGAUUCCGCCCUACAGUUCGCUUCUUCGGGGUUUCACGCUGUUGCCUCUCGCCAUGCCGUCUGCCUUGGGGCCUCCCGUCUCCCUCGGGUCUCUUCGCUGUCCCCCCGCGAGCUCCGUGGCUUCCCAGGAUCGCGAGGAUUUGCCCCACCGGCCGCCCUCCCCCCUUGCAUGCGCCUCCUCUCCCCUUGCAUGCGUCCCGUCCCCCCUUGCAUGCGCCUCCUCCCUGUACACCUCGCUCUUCUGCUGUUCUCUCCUUCGUCUCCAAGGCCUUCUGCGGCGCCUCAUUCACCAGUCGCCGGGGGUUGACGAGGGCGGGUUGCGCUCCACAGGGGACUGCCUCAGACUUCCGCUUGGUCCUCGCGAGAGCAAGCGGACCUCCACGGGAGGCAACAUGGUUCUUCACAUCUUGAGACAAGUCGCAGGUGACGCAGAUCUGUUUGCGUCUUCGCUUGCCAAAGAAGAGACGCGGGCGGCGGAGCUCGACUUGCUGGCCGAGUUUCUCGAGGAACUUGCCUUCGCCUUGCGCUAUAGAGAAACCCGUCUGCGGGCGAAGCAGAGACUGGGCGAUCUCGAAGGCCAGCGCCACGGGACAGACCUCCAGGAAGACGAAACGCAAGAAGAAGAGAGUCAACCCAGUGCUGCCUUGUCACUUUUCAGCAUCUGCUCCGACAGCAAAAUCUUCGAACGACAUGAGGAACUCGCGUGCACUUUCAUGGCGCGCCUGAAGAGACUCGUCGCAGGCAAGGCGCCGACUGCGUCUUCGCAGGCAGGAGAGGCGCUCGCGGGCGACGUUUCCCCUGCAAUUUCUCUGGCCAACGAGGUCUUGGAGAAAAACUCGCUAGGCGCAAUUUGUUUUGUUACACCCGAGUUGGGUCGCUGGUCCACAGUGGGUGGAUUGGGCGUCAUGGUAGACGAACUCUCAACGACGCUUGCUACCGAACUCGGCCAAGAGGUUUGGGUGGUCUCCCCAUACUACGAUCGAAACCGAAAAGGCGAACAAGAUUACCUCGCCAGAGACGGCAUUCACCACGCGUUCAACGUCACCGUCAAUGUUGGAGGCGAGUCCAUCACCCUCGGUGUUCAUACGGGCUCCGUCGUCCCAGGUGUGAAGCUCUUCUUCCUCCACUGCGCCUCGGUCUUUCCUUACAUCUACCCUGAUGUCUACGGCCUCGAACAGAUUCGUUUUAUUGUCACCUUCGCCAAGGCGGCUCUGGAAAUCUUCUGCCAUCUUCGGGCCAUCCCGCCGCUGAUUAUCACGAACGAUUGGCCUACGUGUUUGAUUCCUGCGUAUGCCAAACGCCGCUUCUUCGGGAACGUCUUUGAUUCGACGACAUUCUACCACAUCAUUCACAAUCUCGACUCGUCCUACGAAGGGCGUAUUUAUUUGAACAAGCGAGAAGACGUCUAUUGGCUUCACGGUCUCCCAACGGAUCUACUUGUAGACCCUCACUGGCAUAAUUUCGUCAUCAACCCUUCCCGCUGCGUCUUGCUGCAAUGCGACGGCUGGGGCACAGUGUCUCCCUCCUAUCGCGAUGAAUUGAUCAACGAAGGCGGCAAGGGAAAUGCUUCCCCUCUGGCGCCGCUUCUGCGUCGACACCACCAUCCCUUCGCCACUCCUAACGGCAUCCCGAUCAAGCUGCGCUUGGAAAGGUUGAAGAAUUUGGGUUUUCGGACGCACUGGGAGGCGAAGACUGCGGUGCAAUGCCGCUACUUCAACUUCGAGAAGGGCGAUGAGUCGAUUCCCCUUCUCGCAUUCAUUGGUCGCAUCACUCAGCAGAAAGGUGUGCACCUUAUCGUGGAGCUCGCCGAGAAUUUGAUUCGCCGGUACAACGGGCGCGUCCAGAUCCUCGUCGGAGGCAUGGCGAACUGGAACGACGGCUACGCAGCGAGAUGUGCCAACCAAAUGCUGGAUCUGCGUGCGCGCUUCCCGCACUCCUUCUGGGCCGAUCCUGGCGAAUUCUUCUCUAACGGCGCUUUGGUCAACCUCGGGGCCGAUUUUGGUCUCAUGCCCUCGCUUUUCGAGCCCGGAGGCAUUGUGCAGCACGAAUUUUUCAUUGCAGGCACGCCGGUGAUUGCCUUCAGAACUGGCGGGCUAAAGGACACCGUUCGCGAGGGCAACCCCACCCCGAGCCUCCCUGGCGGGAAAGUUUCAGUCGAGAAUGCGCGGAAGAACAACGGGUUCACCUUUGACGCAUACACCGCAGGCGACUUCCUCUUCGCCAUUGAGAGGGCCAUGCGCGUCUUCGGCGACCGGGCCAAGUACGAGCAGUUGCGCGCAAACGCCCGAGCGUCGGUUGUGUCGUGCGAGGAAAGUGCGCGGGCGUGGCUAGGGGAGUUUGCGCGGCUGCGAAAAAAGAUUCCAGUCAACGAAAAGCGGGUUCAGGAAAUUUUCCAGGCGCUUCCCGAGUGGUCUGAGGCAGAUUGGCGCCGCCGUCGGACGGGGGCGGCGUCUCCUGCGUUUUCUUCUGUCUUCUUUUCUUCCUUCUCGGAAUCGGUUUCUCCCAAGCCGGCCGCGGGCACCGUGAUCGACUCUCUGCCGCGCGGGCCCGUACCCACGUCGCCGUUUCCUCCCUCAACUUUGCUCGAACUUCUCCAGUUCUGUGAAGACCGCGACAUGCGCAUGCGCGCUGCAGGCCGGGACCUCGACCCCAGGGGAAGAGCCGACGGCUGCGGCCUAGAGGGAGACUCCCUCGAUGACGCCUCGCCGAACGGCGAAGACAGCGAAAGCAGUGAAGGCAGUAAAGACCGCGACGAGGGCGAGGCGCGACAGGAGAGCAGAGAGAGGGAAGGAGACGAACGAAGCGGCGAGGGGGUGAAGCGACAAGCGGAAGUGGAAGGCACAUUUGAUGACUGGCGAGUUCGGCGGCCUCUGGCGUGGGAUAAUGCUUUGCAGGCGUUCGUGCUUUCUCUCGCGCUCCGCCCUGGAAAGUAUUUCUACAAACUCGUCGUCGACGGGGAGUGGGUUUGCGUUGCAGAUGCCCCCAAGCAGAUCGAUAGCCUGGGGAACGAAAACAACUUCCUGCAGGUUCCCUAA